AAUAGUGGUUAACAUCCACUCGUGGCUCCUUCACCGUCCUCGCUUCUGAUUAAUCAGCCGACUGCAGCAAUUCAUAUCACCUGAAAAUCUUUGAGCGAUGCCAAUUUCAAAUAAAGGUCUUGUCUCUAUUGUUAAUAUUUCCAUGCGACAAUGGGCGUCGUGAAAAGUCCCAAAGCUACCCUUCCAGUUUCUGAAGAAUCGGAAAUUCCUCCUAUCGAAGAAAACCAACUAACCCCUGCAUCCUGUGCGGAAUUCCCAGAAUCAUUUGUUCCAGACUCGAGGAAAGAUAAAAGGAAAGUGGUGAAAGGAGGUGCAUUCAGUGAUCGAUUUUACUGUUUCUGAACGGAUAGAUAGAGUGAUGUGACGAUCUAGAAAAGUGCUGUACGUAUCCUCUCAUGAAAUCUUCCUUGGCGCUACCACUUAAGCGUCCUUCUAUAGUUCAUAGAAUUUGUUGGAACAGCUUGCCUUUGUUAUUUAUCUGCCUUUAUCAGUAUCGCAAUUCGAAAUUCUGAUACUGCGCCAGUUGCGGCAUAUGUCGGCGUUACCAAUAUCUUUCUCUUGACACUAUUCAUAUGUGCUCUUGCUCCUGGUUCCAGUGGUCAUCUGAAUCCGAAAAUUAUUGUUGCAACGAUUAUCACUGGACUCACUGAAUUCUCGAGAGGAGUGCUAUAUAUGAUAGGUCAAGCUACUGGAGCCGCACUUGCGGGUAGCCUAAUCAGAGGAAGCUUAGAGUGCAGAGAACGUUAAUGUAAGUGCACUUCCUUUGAUUAUAGGGAGGAGAGGACAGCCAGUGGUUGUACAGAUUUGUACAAAGACAUCGGAUAGUACCCAAUUUUAUACUGGUAUUCCUCGUUUAACCAUUCGAUACAGCUGAGACAGCGACGCUAUGAUGCGAAUGAGAUCGUUUGAGGUUAAGAAAGCGGUUGUUGAAUGCGUGCACCACUGGUAGACUAAUAAAAGAUAGGCUUGAUGGAGGAGGAUGUCUUCUUAAGGCGACAACCGUCAGUGAAGGGCAGGCUUAUUUGAUCGAGUCGGUGUUGUCAUGUAUUAUGCUGUAAGACUCGCGCCCAUCACAUCCCUUUUGACUUAACUAGGCAGUAUUUUAUCGUUUGGCACUGCUCUUGAUCCUCGACAAGCGCAACUUUUUGGCCCACGUCUUGGUCCGUUCAUGGUAGGCUGUACAUUAGGCCUUAUAUCAUUUCCAGUAUCAAUCUUGCACCAGGAUAUCCAGGAGCAGGCUUAAAUCCAGCAAGGCGUUUUUCGUGUGCAGUUGCCAGGGGUAACUUUGCUUGUCAGGUCAAAUAUGAUUCCUCAAGGAUAUGUCAUUGCUAAUAAUAAAUCCAGAUCAAUGUUUGGUGGCUUGGUCCAGUAACGGGAGCUAUAAUCCAAAGCUCGGUGUACCAUUUUGUUCCGCCAUAUCAUACGAAAAGUAAAUAGGAAGCCAUUCAAUGUGAUGUGAGGAAUUCACGGAUAUCAUCAACUGCACACCGUGAUCAGCGUAAGGAAAUAGGACUUCACCAGGACAAAGGGAUCUCUCAAGUAGGAGUAUGUAUGAUCAUUGACUUGUAUUAUCAGGAUGAGAUAGGAUGGAUCGAAUUGGAUAGUGGCAACUGCACAUCAAAUUGAAGUUUCCAAACUCAAGGCCGGUUUGCUCGUUCAAGUGACAAAUGAAUAUAAGCUUCCUGCAAUAUGCAUGAUAGAGGGAAGCGGCGCACCCUUGGAAAGAUAGUAAGUAUACUUGACGACUUAUAUACCUAGAGGCUAGUCGUUCAUGUGGCAAAUGUCAAUUUUCGGCAAUCGCAGAACAAU